AAGCAAAAAUGGACUCCUUAAGUUGCUAGCUUGCUGUACCCUUUAGAUUAAUUGUUGCAAUUUUAUAUUUUACUGCCUCAUAAAAGAAUUCAAGAUGAUGGAACUGUCUCACAGCCUCACUCUCAACGAGGAGGUCCUGGCACAACUUCCCGAAGUCAAGCGACCAGUCUUUGUCUUUGAAUGGCUACGUUUCCUGGACAAAGUGCUUGUGGCUGCACAAAAGUCGGACAUCAAGCAGUGCCAGAAGCAACUGGUCGAGCAGCUUGUGCGGCAGAUGCGUGAAGGUUCGCCUGGUCCCCCAACACGUCGGAUGCUGGGCCGAUGCUUAGCAACUCUGUUCAGCGUUGGAGACACUUUUUUGCUGUUUGAUGCCGUCAACCAGUGCAAUGACAUCCUGCGCAACCGAGAUGAUUCGCCCAGCUAUUUGCCUGCUCGCCUGGCCGCCAUUACCAGCACGGGUGCUAUGUAUGAGAAGUUGGGUCGAAUGAUGGGCCGCAGCUACGAAGAUACAGUCCACAUCCUCCUCAAGUCGCUUAGAAAUGCCGAGUCGCAGUCACGCUGCGAGACAAUGCACACCAUGGAGAAGAUGGUGGCAGGGAUGGGUGUGGCAGCGAGUACCGUGCACAAGGACAUCUUCAAGGCUGUGCGUCACUGCAUGACUGACCGGGUGCUGGCUGUGCGCUGCGCUGCUGCCAAGUGCCUGCUGGAGAUGGUGUGGCACGCUCCCUUCCUCUACACAAGUGACCUGGAGACGGUGGCCUCCAUUUGUUUCCGGGCCUUCGAAGGCUCCAACUACGAGGUCCGCUGCACUGUAGCGCGGCUUCUGGGAACUGUGGUGGCCAUCACCCAGCAGGCCUCUCAGGCACAGGUUGGGAAGAACAGACUGGCCAGCUUGGAUGAGGUGUUGGGCCUGCUUGCCUCUGGUUUCCUUCGGGGUGGCAUCGGUUUUCUCAAAGGCAGCGCUGGCGAGAUGAUCAAGGGCGGCUCGUCUGUCAGCCGUGAGAUACGAGUUGGCGUCACUCAUGCGUACGUGGUCCUGUUCCAGCGGCUGGGUGGUCUGUGGUUGGAGCGCCACCUGCCAGCCGUGCUGAGCCACCUGCUGGAGCUGGUGGGUCAUCCGCGGGCUGUGCAGACACACGUGGAUGCCGUGUACAGCCGCAAGUGCGUCUCAUUCGCACUGCGCUCAGUGCUGGGAAAGAUGCUCGGGGACAAGGCCCAGGCAGCAGCCUGCAAGGACCUCGUUCAAGUCAUUGUAAAGCACCUCAAUUCGGAUGCUGUGCUAGACAGCAACAGCGGCAAGGAUGGCCAGCAGGAAGUGGCGCUGAGCCAGCACAUCCUGGUCUGCGCACUGCAAGAACUUGGCUGCCUGGUCGAGACCCUGGGCACGACUGCUGUCUCAACACUCUCAGACUCUUCUAUAGGCUUGGUGGAGACAGUGGUGUCGGUGCUCAUCCACACCAGCCCGGCCGCACGGUUGGCGGCAGCAUGGUGCCUCCGGUGCAUUGCGACUGCCGUGCCAGCUCAGCUGACACCACUACUCGAUCGCUGCCUCGACCAGCUGGAGUCAAUGAAGUCAUCGCCAGACGCGAUCGCUGGCUACUCUGCGGCGCUUGCUGCUCUUCUAGGAGCAGCACGUCACACGCCGCUGGGUCUGCCUCACAACAAGGGAAAAAUGAUCUUCAACUUGGCCGAAGACCUGCUGCGAAGUGCUUCGCAGAACAGCCGACUGUCUCUUCAGCGAACACAAGCUGGCUGGCUUAUGAUGGGUGCCGUCAUGACACUGGGCCCACCCGUGGUGCGCAGUCUGCUGCCACGAAUGCUGCUUCUGUGGAAGAACUGCUUUCCCCGUUCCACCAAAGAGCUCGAGUCCGAGAAGGUGCGUGGGGAUGCGUUCACCUGGCAGGUGACCCUUGAAGGACGUUCAGGGGCACUAAGUGCUAUGGCAAGCUUCCUGAGACAUUGCAAGGAGCUGGCUUCUGAUGACAUCGUGCGAAGAAUAUUGUCUCCUGUCGAAUCAGCAUUGCUCAUGUUAUCCGGGAUUGGCCCCACCAUCAAGUCAUACGGCCAGCACUUGAAGGCCAGUGCCGCCAUGGUGCGACUGCGCCUCUACGAGACCAUGUCCUUGCUACCAGCACAGUCAUACGAAAGCAGCUACAACAACCUGCUGCGACUGCUGGUGGCCGAGUUCACGUUGACAGAGAACCAGGCCAACACGACGACGUCACUGCUGCGCAGCCUGUGCCACUCAGACGACAGCGUCAUCUUGGGCUCCUGGCUCCAGGAGACUGACCACAAGGCCAUCGAGGACCAGAUGGAACCCCACAGGAAGUCGGACAAGUCCUUUUUGCAGCCAAAUAGUGCUUCGGGAUCAGGGGCUUUGGAGCAUGACACCACUGCACUGUAUAGGUCGCUUAACAAGGGUGAUGCUCUGCCGGGCCCGCUUCCCUUGGGAGUGGCGGUGAUCGACAUGUCGGUGGUCUUGUACGGUCUGGUGUUCCCCCACGUGGCGUUCAAGCAUCGUCUGCAGAUGCUGGACCACUUCUCUGAGUGUGUGCGCCACAGCAAGGCCACCCGCCAGGAGGCUGUCCAGAUCAACAUCUUCACUGCACUGCUGAGCGCGCUCAAGGCACUGGCCGAAGCAAAGACAUCGCUUGGUGGUGAAGACGUUCGCAAAGCAGCAGUUGGACUUAUCCAUGGUGCUCUGAGCCAUCCAAAUCCAAUCCUGCGCUGUGCUGCUGGAGAAGCCCUGGGCCGCAUGGCUCAAGUGGUCGGGGAUGGCCGCUUUGUGGCCGAGAUGGCUCAGGACAGCUUUGACAGGCUCAAGACUGCCCGAGACGCCGUGUCACGCACGGGGCACUCCCUGGCACUUGGCUGCCUGCAUCGCUACGUCGGCGGCAUGGGUUCUGGCCAGCAUCUCAACACAAGUGUCAGCAUCCUGCUUGCUUUGGCACAGGACAUGAAUGCCCCCGUGGUUCAGGUCUGGGCAUUGCAUGCCCUGGGCCUCAUUGCGGACUCCGGAGGUCCCAUGUUCCGCAGCUACGUGGAGCCAACGCUGUCGCUAGCACUCAAACUGCUGCUCAGCAUGCCACCCACUCACGUUGACGUGCACCAGUGCAUUGGGAAAUGCCUCUCAGCUGUGAUCACUACGAUUGGCCCCGAACUGCAAGGCAACACCAACUCCAUCAGCACAGCUCGGUCUUCCUUGCUGGUUGCCUGCAGCAUCAUGCAGGAUCACGGUGAUGCAUUGGUGCAGACUGAAGCCAUUUCCUGUCUGCAGCAACUGCACAUGUUUGCACCUCGCCACGUCAACCUGUCGUCUCUCGUCCCCGUGCUCUGUAGUGCCCUCAACUGUCCGCAUCUGUUGCUGAGGAGAGCAGCUGUGGCAUGCCUGAGGCAGCUGUCUCAGCGGGAGGCCCGAGAAGUGUGCGAGCAUGCCAGCUCCUGGGCGAAGGAGAAUUCCGCACUGAAUGGUGGUGCAGGUAAAGGUGGCACCAACCAGCAGCAGCAGAAGCAGCAGCGUCAACGUUGGGCAUGCGAGGGGGCACCGCUGCCCUGGGAAGCUGAGCUGCCAGGCGUGCUGUUUGCACUGCUUGACCGUGAGACCGACCCACGGCUGGUGUCCCACCUGCACGACUCGCUGACCAGCAUGCUGCAGGCUAUGCUGGAUGACAGCCUUGGGCAGUGGCUGGGCCUCUGCAAGGAUGUCCUGACAGCUGCCGACACAUCAGCAUCCAUUGUCACCGCCGCACCCGAGCGGGAAGCAGACGUUGAAGGCGCGGACGAGUUUGACGAUGACGAAGAGACCAUCAAAGCGGGCGAGGAGCCAAUCUCGCACCCCGCUGUUGGACCGCGAUGGCCCACCAAGGUGUUUGCGGCCGAGUCACUGCACAAGAUCAUCACGCUCUGUGAGGGCCACAAGGCACACUUUGACCUUUCCCUGGCACGCGAAGAGCGCUCCCUCAAUCCAAAACAGGACUUCUUAGUGCUCCACCUCUCGGACUUGGUCCGCAUGGCUUUUAUGGCUGCUACUUCAGACAGUGACCCGUUGCGCCUGGAAGGGUUAAAAACAUUGCAGCUCAUCAUUGACAAGUUCUCGCAAGUACCUGAGCCGGAGUUUCCUGGUCACGUCAUUCUGGAACAGUACCAGGCACAGGUUGGAGCAGCUCUGCGUCCUGCAUUCUCACCUGAGACACCGUCUCAUGUCACAGCCAUGGCUUGUCAGGUGUGCAGUGCCUGGAUUGGAAGCGGUGUGGCCCGUGAUCUCAAUGAUCUUCGACGAGUCCACCAGCUGUUGGUGUCAUCGCUGACCAAACUGCAGAAGGGGGCCAACUCGCUGUUGUACAACGAGGGUGCUUCCACCCUUGAGAAACUGGCCAUCCUUAAGGCAUGGGCCGAGGUGUACAUAGUUGCCAUGGAGAAAGAGCACGAGAGAGGAGCGCCCAAGCGUGCCUGUGGUGAUUCAAGUGACCAGGAGGAGUGCGAUGCCAGUGAAGAUGACACAGCAGGCAGGGAGUCACUGCUGAAGCUGGUCUCCCCCGAGCUUCUCUGCCUGAGCCGCUACUGGCUGGCAGCACUCAAGGACCAUGCUUUGCUGUCUCUUCCGGCAGAGUUCUCAAGCCAGUUGCCUCAUGAUGGCGGUGCUUUCUACACCUCUGACACGGUGGAGUCAGCGAGACCCCACUACCGGGACGCAUGGCCGCCUAUUCUUCUUGCCGCAUCAUUGUGGCUGACACAAGGUGGUGGCUUUGAAGGUGGUCUGCACCAGGAGGCGCCACCAGAUGGCCUGGGGACAGGAGGACUACGCGGGGGAGCGUCAUUCCUGCACCUAUCUCGUAGUUCACAAUCUCAGACACCCCAAGAGAUCAACCGUGACUGGUUCUACCUGCUCUUUGGCAUCUGCAUGGAGGCCCUGUGCGGGCAGCGAGUGUCCGACACGCCCGAGUGCGUUCCCGUCUGCCUGCAGGCAUUGCACCAGCUGCUGAGCCACCCCUUGCCGAGUGAGAUCCUGGGAAAGGAUCUGCAGCUCUCAGUGGAGCUCUGUCACGUUCUCCACAGGAUGUUGCUUGCCAGGGACAGUGCGGAGUGUCAGCUAAUGGUUAUGAAGAUAGCCAAGCUCAUUGUGGCGGCCUGGCAAGAGUCAUAUGACGCGGAAAGGAAGCAGAAAUUGAGAGAGGUAGCCCCGGCGAAUCAGGAGCCCCGCGGCCUAGCCGAGACAGUGCUGGCCACUGUGGGCGAAGGUGGCGAGAACGGGGAGCUGGUGGCUGGCCAGUCGGUGGUGCACGCCCUGCUAGAGGUGUGCCUGUGCCUGCUGGUGCGACAACUACCCCAGCUCAGCCCGCAGCUGUCCUCGGCGCUGCAUGGUGUCCGGCACAGGGCGCAGGGGUCCCGGGCACUCGACUCGGAGUCGGGUCAGCUCAUAGCUGCUGCUCUGGCAGUCGUCGCAGACCUGCCCCAGCUCUGCUCUCCUGCUGGCUGCAUGACAGUGGUGCCCACCAUCCUGUUCCUUCUGACGAGUGUGCUGAAGGAGGUGGCCGUCCAGCCCGGUCAGCCAGUCUCCACGGGGGGCCUGGUGGUCACCAUGGCACCUGUUAACUCAGUCCUGCAGGGGCUCAAGGCUUUAGCUCUGCUGCCGCUGCACCAGAACACUGAGCACUGCAAGCAGUGGGUGGCCCUCUUGCGAAGCACCCUGUCCCGCAUCAUCGACUUCACUAAGACCAGUGAAGAAACGGGCAAACUGGACGACAUUUCCAUGCUGCUGGCCAUUGCCAUGUUUGUGCUGAAUGCACCCAAAGAGGUGGUUCAAGUUGCCAACCUCCAGUACCCGUGCAUCAACCUCUUCAAGCACGGACUGCUCAAGGAGGACAUGGUCCAGUUAUGGUGUGUCCAAACCCUGCGGUCCAUCUUCCAACACCAAGAUCGAUCAGUCUCAACGCCGUACAUUCAUAGCCUGGGGCCAAGAGUGGUGGAGACGCUUCUCCACUGUGCAGACGACCUUGGCAAUUCCACCGGCAACGACCUGCGCCUCAAUGUUGCACUGGAGUGCCUUCAGACUCUGGAGACGCUCCUAGCGGCUGCACCAACCGAUGGAAAGGCCCACAUGAUGCUGCUGUAUGUGCCUGUGCUGGUGAACUUGCUGCUGGACCCUGUGACUCACCCAGCGGCCUCAACCGCCAGAAGGAAGCUGCACCAGGCAGCUCUCGGCCGGCUCACCCGAGUCGGACCCCAGUAUCCGCAGGAGUUUCGCGCAGUCAUUGGCCGGUUGCCCCAGCUGAAGUCCAAGAUUGAGAGUGCAGUGCGGUCAGGCAGCAGAGGUCCUGAGGGCGAAAGACCGGAGACACCGAAGACAAUCCCAAACAACCAAAGUGCUCCCAGCAUCAAGUUGAAAACAGAUUUCAGCAACUUCACUGGCUGAGACAAGCCAACACUGCGCAUCACAGGUGCGAGCUUCAUUGGUGCAAGCAGAGGCAAGCUAUCUUGUGCUACAGCAAUAGCAGUGCCAACCAAGAGCUGUGUUAUUUGUGGCUAGUCCCAAAUGGCAACAGUACCAUUGGAGAAUUCUAGUGGCACCCAAGCAAAGCCCUUGCAAAGCACACAAUUUUAAUGCCUAAGAGAAAAUGUGUCUAGGCUUUUGAAGAUGACCACAAUCGUCUUGUUUGUUCCUGGUGUACAUCCUUCACAUUUGCAACUAUAUUACAAUACCCAGAAUGACGUCUAUAUAAUUAACAUACAUUGGUCUGCUGGACGGACACAUUUGUGAAAUUUCUACACUUUUGUGAUGACAUUUUUCUAACCUUUCAGCCCCUUUUCAUUGUUGACGUCUCGUGCUCUAGAAAAACACCCUCGUGAUUUUUGUUCAACACUGCCUCCUUUAAUAUGUGGUUUGUACAACACGUUUUUGCUGCUUAGCAUUAGUAGUUAGUUUUACGUAACUGAUAUACAUAACGCAGCUUUGCUGUGUUUAGAUCCUUAUAGAUACCGAUAUUGCAAAUGUUCAUUCUAGAAAAUUUCCUGAACGUGUUCCAAUUUCAUCUAAGAUAAUGUUACCCUUUUAGUUACAUCUUAGAGCCAGUCUUUAAAACAAACCAAACCACAGACUUUCUGUCAGUUGCACAUAUUUUAUUGUGGUAAACAUGUACAGUUAGACCUGGAUAUAACGAAAUUGACAAAUUCCCGAAAAGCUUUGUCAUAAAUAGGAUUUUGUUAUAUGCAAGUUCGGUACGAAAGUUCAAAAAAUAAAUGCUUACCAUAUUUACUCGAUUGUAACACGCACCCGUUUUCCGUUUUCGUCAAAGCACUCAUCCUUGGAAUGUUAUACUAGGUACUGGAUGCGUGGACGCGUUAUUUCGCACAAGCGCGAGGCGUCGGAAACGAAGAGCGACACGAUGGUCUCGUAUCAUCGUAUAGUGUCACCUAGUGUCAGGUUAGUGAAGUGAAGCGCAGAGACUUGCGCAGUAACCAAAGAGUGGCGCUGCCAGCACGUUGAAAAAAAUUUUUUUUUUUUGUCCUUUGGAAAAGGAGAGUGCCGGCUUGGCGGGCUAGGCCAGCUGCAGCAAGCGGCGGGAUCAGGUUUUAAUGAAGGGAGGGGGAAAGGUCACGCCCACGGCGGCAACAUCACCAGGUCGAGGGAUGCAGGCCCGCCUCGCGCACACACGUGCGCUCGCUCUCGCCUCGCAGUCGCCAUGAAUUCGAGCACGCCAAGUGCGACGCCGGUGCUUCGCAUUCCGUUGCGGUGGAGAAGGUGCUUCGGGUUGCUGCUCGCGCAAAAAUGACAAAAUUUGGGGCGAAAUCUCUAGGUUGUCAGCGGGGAAAAUUUGUUAUUUCGAGGGGGUCUCCCGCUGCCACUUCGUUAUAUAGAGGUCUUGAAUACAUGUGCUUCUAUGGAUUAACGGUGGGGAAUAGAAAAACUUUGUUAUAUCCAGGAAUUCGUUAUAAGCAGGUUUAACUGUAUUUGGAUUUAUUUGCAACUAAUGUAGGCUGUUAUGUAGGAACACUGGUGCUCAAAAAGCAUCGUAGCAUAUCUCUGUUAUACAUUCUCUGUGGUAAAUGUUAAGAAAGAUGUAUAGAAAAUAGAAUAAAUACAGUGUCACAAAACUGUACAGAAUGAUGUUUUUUUGUCUUCGCUCCACUGAAUCAAAGCGCCAUAGAUGAAGUAGACGGCUCCGAUGCUGCUUCUGCCUUCUCUCUCAGACGGCUCUGGAGGAGAUUGAUCCUGCUUUCAAUCUGGGACAUGCUCCAAUCCUAUUUCCAAGGGGAAAAAAAAAAUUUAAUUCUGACAUGUGAAUUGCAUAUGCAUGAUUACAGAAAGAAAGCUUAUUGUAACUAUUAGUUUUGGAUGUCUGUCACUCGAGGUGCUGUCAAUGUUCAUUGAAGAAAUUUCAAGCAUAAUCAAGGCACACAACUGCUGUACUCUCCAAUUUAAUGCUGGUUGAAAGCACUCAUCGGGUUGCAUAAUUAAGCUUCUACUGCACUUUUAAACAGAAAAAAGCAUUUAACAAAUCUUGGCUGCUACUGUUUACGGUUCACUAAGUUUGAGGAUGCCAAUAAAAAAUUUUAAUGUGUUC